AUGCAACUUUAUACCCAGUCUGCUAAACAGCAGUUGCCAUAUCCAGACUUGAACGUAAUAACAAUGCGCUACACUGGUCACAAAACUCCCAAUAAACGAUCAGAACCAAAUAUCCAAUACUAUUACCCAUCUGGAACUACGCCACCACCAAAUUUCGAUCGCUUACCGUGUUAUGCUAUUCCAGCUAAUAAAUGUUCACCGCGGUCAUGUUUUGACGAGUGUGCUAUCAGGCCUAUGUAUAAACGUCGUCCGUUGCAAAUCGUAACAAACGACGUUGGAACUGGGACUGGAUUUGGCCAUGGCCUUGGUACUUUUGUCGGUUAUAGUAACGGCGCUGGGUACUGCCCGUGCACUGGCCCUGGUCCUAGUACUGGCAUUGUUGCUGGCAAUCGCACUAGCCUAAGCACCGGGGCUGGCUAUGGCGCUGGCCCUAACACCGGUUAUACUCAUAAUCAGGGUCGUUGUCCUUGCCCUUGUUCUGAUGUCAGUGCUGGUCCUGAUGGUGGUGCUGGCCCUCGCGGUAGUAUUGGCUCCCACGGUGGAGCUGGCCGCCAGAGUUUUGCUGGCCGCCACAGUUUUGCUGGCCCUCGCAGUGGGGCUGGUCCCCGGAGUAGUGUUGGUUCCCGCAGUGGGGCUAGUCCCCACGGUAAGGCUGGCCUCCGCGGCAAGGUUGGCCUCCGCGGUAAGGCUGGUCUCCGCGGUAAGGCUGGUCCCCGCGGUGAUGCUGGCCCCAGUGACAGUUCUGGCUCCGGCGGUGUUGCUGGUCUUGGCGAUGGUGCUGGCCCUGGUGAUGGUGCUGGCCCUGGUGAUGGUGCUGGCCCUGGUGAUGGUGAUGGUGGUUCCAGCCCUAGUGUUAGCUUUGCUCCUGGCAGUCUUGUUGUCGCUGGCCCCGGCACUCGCGCGCGCCGUGGCACCCGCGCUCGCCGUGGCACUCGCACUCAGGCUGCUCGUGGUAAAAGCACGCGAGCUGGCAAGGAAAUUCGCAAUAAAGCUGACGUUAAAGCCGAUGUUAGCCCCGACGUAAGCCCGGACGUUAGCCCCGACGUUAGCCCCGACGUUAGCCCCAACGUAAGCUCUGACGUUAGCGCUGAUGAUGGUGUAGGUGCUGGAGUUGGCCCAAAAGUUCGUAAUUCACCGGAUAAAUCCGCCAGUUCAAAGCGAAAACAGUCUCACAAUAAAAAGAAAAGAAGCAGUAAUAACAAAGUAAUUGCCAAAAAUAGGAAAGACAAAAAAAUAACUUCACCUCGCCCUUCUUCGCCUCCUCCUCCACCGCCACCUCCUGAGGGUUCUAAAAACAAAGUAGAACAAAUCAAAUAUUUAGUAGCUAAAGCUAAAUACGACGCUGUUCGAUGUUAUCACUGUAUGAUUGAUUCAGUCAGAAAAUCUGAAAUACGUGCAUGGCCAUAUGAAAUUACCUGUAAUGACAUGUACAUUCAUAUCCUGAAGCGUAGACCGUGUUUCUGUAUUUACCGCCUAUGUCCAUCGUUUUAUCCAACAUUCUUAAGUUUACUUAAACUUCGACGAAACUUAUGCGAAGUACUAUUGUAUUGUUGCACUAUGUGUUUGUGGUGUCCAGUUUUUUUAGUUAUCUGUGUAUGUUACAGUUUGAUUUGCGAAACAACAUAA